AUGGAUCGACAACAUCUUCUGCAGAUAUUAGCGCUCUCUUAUCUCCUUUUCUUUCAAGCUGUGAUUGGUACAGGCGAACUAAACGAAGUUGUAAGUCACUCAGCAGACAUCUAGGGUUCUUCAUUUUUCAUAGUAACAUUCCUGAGUUAAUAAUAUAAGACACGAUUUUGGGUAAUCGAGUGGUGAUGAGGGUCGGAUGUAGAUGUAUAUAAUUUCAACGAUGUAUGCAAUUUCUCAAAUACUAGUUCACUUGCGACGACUCGAACGUCCGUUAACAUUCCGAGUCAAAAAAAAUUAGCUCCAUAUAUAUAUACAUCGCGUGCAUUUAAAAAAUUGCCAAUUCACUUGUCUCCUAGAAAGUGAAAGUCACCGAGGUAGCACCUUUAGGAUUUCCUCAUCGAGUGGCAUAAAAUAACAUAGUUCUAUUAAUCAACAUAAAAUAGCUAUUCAAGUUUCAUUUUCAAUAGGAAUCAAGGAAGAAAUUCUGUUCAACUCAAGGCCCACCAGGCCCAGCAGGUCGGGAUGGAUUACCAGGACGAGAUGGAGCACCAGGACGGGAUGGACUACCGGGACGGGAUGGUGCACCUGGACCCAAGGGGGAAGUGGGACCGCCAGGACCAGCUGGAAUCAAAGGAGAGCCUGGGACCCAAAGGAGAUGGAAACAGUGUUUUUGGAACCACAUCAAUUCUGAGACUGAUAAUGGACGAGUUCUAGUAUGUAUACCGAGAAGGUAAAUAAUCGGUGCUCACUUAAACUGAAGAGAAAAGGGGAUAGUGGUCGCCCUUGUCGAGAUUGAGUAGGAAGAGACCAAAAGCAAUGUUACCUGCUACAUCUAGACGCCUAAUAAAUUUAUUAUUAUUAUUAUUAUUAUUAUUUUUUUUUUUUAAAGAAAUGUCCAUUCACCAAGGCUACCCCAAACACAUACCUCCGUGUAGUUUACAUGGGUAAUAUUCGCGUCACCGGUUGCAAACACUGUUGCAUGAGGUCGUUUUUCACCUUUAACGACAUCGAAUGCAGGGCACCC